UAUUGGCAAUUAUUGAUGGUGAUUACGAUGACGCCGAUGACAAACAACGGUGUUUUGAUGAUGAUAAUGGUGUUAAUGAUGAUGAUGAUGAUGAUGAAGGCGAUGAUGACGAUGACGACGACGACGACGACGACGAUGACGACGACGACG